AUGGCGAUCUGCCUGUGUUGCAUGCCUGGCGAGGAUGCCCACAAACCAGCCACUCUCAUCGAGACGCAGAGUGUCGUGGAUGAUGAUAUCGGUCGCGUACGCCAAACAGACAAGGUGCGUUUGCCCCGAGCAGAGCUCCCAGGCCCAGUUGAAGGAGCCAGCUUCGUCGUGGGAGUCGAUUCUGCACCCGACGGCACACCGUUGGGCUUGACUUUUGACUUCUUGGAUGCAGGUGCCUGCAUCGUCGCACACGUUUCGAAGGGCUCGCUCAUAGAUGCUUGGAAUUCGAAAUGUACACCGAACGAAAUGGUGUGCCCGCGUGACAGACUGCUCCAGGUAAACGGAACGGGAGCAGCCGCGAGUGAAGUGGUGGCGCAAAAGCUGGCGGCGGCUCUGCAUAAGGACAGGGCCCAUGCGCUGCUGAAGUUCCAGCAUCCCGUGGUUUCCAAAGUGAGCAUCAAGAAGGGUGCCGGUACUUUGGGGCUGAAUCUGCACUAUGCGUCGGAGAACCCACUAGGUGGACUUUGCGUGAAGAGCAUCGCAGAAGGUGUUGUGAAGGCCAACUCGUUGAAUAUCAAGGAAGGCGACCGGAUCAUGGACGUGAAUGGCCAAGAUCUGGACACGCCAACAAUGCUACAGAAGAUCCGUGACCUUGAGGAGGGGGGGACAUGA